AUGGCGGCGCUCCGCGCGCGCGACGAGAUGGCGCGGCGCGCGCUGGCGAUCGGCGCGAAGCUCGCGCGCGACCCGGCCGUGCGGCGCUCGGCCGUGCGGCGCUGCCGGGCGGCGUCCGGGAAGGAGCGGGAGCUGAUCGCGGAGGCGGUCGCGAGCCUCUCCGCGGAGCUCGAGGAGCUCCGGCGCGAGGUCGCGCGCGACCGCGACGACCCGCGGCGCUUCGAGGCGGCCCCCGGCCGCGAGCGGGCCGGGGACCCCCUCGGCCGCCUCGGCGAGGCGCUCCUCGCCGCCGCGCUCGUCGCCGCGCCCAUCGUCUACGUCGCCGCGGUGACCCGGGAGCCCGCGUCCAAGCGCGCGCAGGCCGCGGGCCUCGUCGCGGCGGCCGGCCUCGCGGCGAUCCUGAGCGGCGCCCUGGGCGAGCGCGCCCGCGAGUGA